AUGUCUUCUAGGAACAGCGCAGAGUACGAGGGUGAUUCCUUUGACGAUGCGCCCGAAGCCCCGAACUUGCACGGCAAUCUGAACGUUUCCAUUCCCCAAAGCUCCUCCACACGGUCUUUGACAGACAGCCCCCCGAGCGGAUCGAAUGUUGCUACGCCUCAAUUGACGGAAGCUCCCCUGCUACCAACGACUUCUCACGAAGACCAUGAAACGGCCGAGGAUACAGAUGAUGCUAGCGUGGGGAAACAAUCAGAAGGGGAGGAUACUCCUCGCAAACAGAAACCGCAAAAAUCUCCUCUCUUGACUGCGCACAGGCUAUCAACAACGUCUCUCGACGACGUGAACCUUGCCGGUAGCAACAAAGACGAUGAAUCGACUGAAAACCAGCCGUUGAGCCAGGAGCUCAACUCCGGUACCCCUCCUCCGUUAUCAUCUAGAGAUUCCACAUCGUCCCACAGUUCGCGCCUGCAGGGAUCAUCCAAUGCUUCUGCCGCGAAGAACCAAGCUCCUGUUGCUCCACCCCCUCCGCCAACUCGAUCGUUUACCAGCCCCUUUGCAUGGCUUUCUCGAAGUUCGUCGGGCGGAAAGGACGCCAAGUCGCCUCCGGCACAACCACGUCGGAAUACGGCUGCAUCCAUAUCAACUAUCGCGAGCAAUCCGGAAAUGGGUCGUCACCACGAUGGGGAGGAUGUGGAUGGUCUAGGCCAUAGAAAGCCGAGGCGCAGCAGCCUCAAGGACCAGUUUAAACAGCUCAGGUUGCGAGAGGAAGGACUCGUGUCCGAGAAUGACGAGGCCAGCGUUGCGUCGGGACGUGCAAGUUUUACUGCCGGAAGUCCUCCGCCCAGCAUACCGGAAGAAGGGGAGAAUGGUAUUGCGGCCGCCCCUCGGGCGACGUCGCCGCCUAAUGGGGCAUCAACGGUCAACCCUAAGCUUGCCCCCGGAACUGUUGCGGGUUUUUCGACCUCCGCGACCGACGCGUCUGCGCCGGUAGACUGGGAGCUCUGGCAGCAACUGGUCAACAAUGGUGCGCAAGCGUUGAAGGGGGCAAAUUCGGAUGAACUGAAUGCUGCUAUCAAACGGGGAAUUCCACAAACUAUUCGUGGAGUGAUUUGGCAGGUUCUGGCCGACAGCAGAAAUCCAGAGCUUGAAGAAGUAUACCGGGAGCUCGUUGCCCGUGGCACAGACAAGGAGAAGCAGAGCAGCCCCAAUGAGAAGACUAUUCGUCGUGACCUUGGUGCUCGCACGAGCUACUCACGCUACUUCGUGUCGCAAGGAAACCAGGAGGGAUUGUUUGGGCUCUGUAAGGCAUACGCCUUGUACGAUGAGGCCGUGGGAUAUGCCCAGGGAAUGAACUUCAUUGUGAUGCCAUUGCUAUUCAACAUGGACGAGGCUGAAGCAUUCACGCUCCUUGUGAAGCUCAUGAAUCAGUACGGACUGCGGGAGCUGUUCAUCCAUGACAUGCCAGGUCUCCACCGCAGCUUAUAUCUGUUCGAACGCCUGCUGGAGGACGUGGAGCCGGCUCUCUAUUGUCACCUCCGGCGGCGGGGCGUACCCCCUCAGUUGUAUGCCACACAAUGGUUCCUGACCCUUUUCGCCUACCGAUUCCCUCUCCAGCUGGUUCUUCGCGUCUACGAUCUCAUCUUCGAAGAAGGUCUUGAGAAUACCAUCUUGAAGUUUGCCCUGGCUAUCAUGCGCCGGAAUGCAGACACGCUGUUGGGCAUGAAAGACAUGGCACCGUUAACAACCUUUUUGAAGGAGCGCCUCUUCGACGUUUACAUUGAUAAGCAGCCCUCGGCAUCAUCUAUCUUGGAGUCUGUCUACCGCGCCGACAUCAUGGUCCAGGACGCUUGCGCCAUCCCUCUCGAGCCUGAGACGAUCCGCGCGUACACGGCGGAAUGGGAGGAGAUGGUACGGACCGAGAAGGAGCGUGAGCAGGAGCUAGACAACCUUCGGCACACCGUUGCAACUCAGAGUGCACGGAUCCGUCUACUGGAGGAGCAGGCCGAAGCAUCGGACAAGGAGCACGUGCAGCUCGCGUCCGAACUGGUGCAUCUCAAGGUGGAGAAUGAAGAAUUGACGGACAUGAACGAUGCGAUGAAGAUGCAGGUCACCGAGCUGAAGAACGUUGUGGAUAAACAACCGGCCGAAGUCGAGGAGAAGCUGCGGACUGAGAUGGACCGCAUCAUGAAGCGCAAUAUGGAAGUCCAGAACGAGAACCGGUCGAUGGUCGAACAGAUGGCUGAGAUGGAGAAGGAGCUGGUCGAGGCUAAGAUGAAAUGGGCUGAGAUUCACGACGAACACGAAAACCUGAAACAGAAAUGGAGCGAUCUUCGCAAGGCUCUCAACUGA